UCACACUUUUUUGGUUAUUCUUUAUACCAUAUACAUCAAUCUGUUGUUAUUCUUUUAUUCUGUUCUUUGAAAACAUCUUUAGAUUUUUUGUUUUUGUUUUUUUUGCUGCUUUUUCCGGAAUUCUUUAUCACUAUAUUUCAUUAUAUUCAGAACCAAAAAUUGAUUAUUUGACCGGCAAAACAUUUCGAUAUGUUUGCCAGUCAACAACAAACAUUAAAAUCCACUGUCAGUAGUAAUACUACACCGAUUAUCAAUACGAUAUCGGCUACGGUGGAUAAUCAACAACAUGGAUCAACCUUAUCGAAUGAAUCGAAACCACUGCCAUCAUCAUCAUUAUCAACACCACCACCACCACCAUCAUCAUCAUCAUUACAGAAUCAAUCAUCAAGAUUCCAUCCAUCAACAGCUAUUAAUCCUAUUCUUGUGCAACCAAAUAAUGCCUUUAAUGCAGCAUCAACAGCAACAACAACAACAACAAUUGAUCCAACAAAAUUAACACCACCAAUACGAUUGAAAAAACCAUCAUGGCCAACGAUAAUAUCAUCGAGUAGUAGUAGUGGUCAACAGCCAACAUUAACGAAUAAAUCAACACCACCACCACCGACAACAACACCACAACCUCAAUCAUCAACAUUACAACCACCAUUAUUAACCGCAUCAACAUCAAUUAAUAUUGAUCAAUCAACAGCUGUACAGCCAUUAUUACCUCCAAAUAUUGCACAAUCGACAACAAACAAUGCUGGUGUAUCUCCAGCAACUCCAUCAGCUACAGCAGCAGCAGCAGCAGCAGCAGCCGCAUCAUCAUCUGCUAAACAACAACCAAAACGAAUUGUUCGUAAAGUGCCAAAAGUACCGGAAAAAGCUGAACGUGUAUUAUAUUGUCUUCGUUUAAAGAAUCCAAUACGUCGUCUUUGUAUCAAUAUUGUUGAAUGGAAGCCAUUCGAAUGGCUUAUUCUAGUAACCAUUUGUUUAAAUUGUAUUGCAUUAGGUGUUUAUACACCUUAUCCGGGUGGUGAUUCCAAUGAUACUAAUCUUGUUUUGGAAAAAAUUGAAUACGUUUUUCUUGUUAUAUUUACAUUAGAAUGUAUAAUGAAAAUAUUGGCAUAUGGUUUUAUUGUACAUCAAAGUGCCUAUCUACGUAGUGCAUGGAAUUUAUUGGAUUUUAUUAUUGUUGUUAUUGGUCUAAUAUCAACUGUUGUGCAACAGAUUUCAGCCGAAGGUAUAGAUGUAAAAGCAUUACGUGCUUUUCGUGUAUUACGUCCAUUAAGACUUGUAUCGGGUGUACCAAGUUUACAAGUUGUGCUCAAUUCAAUCAUCAAAGCAAUGGUGCCUUUAUUACAUAUUGCAUUACUUGUGAUAUUUGUUAUUGUUAUUUAUGCUAUUAUUGGAUUAGAAUUAUUUGUUGGUCGUAUGCAUCGAACUUGUUUUAAUAAUAUUACAAAUGAAAUGAUGAAAGAACCAAUGCUUUGUGGUGGUGAAUACAUGUGCCAGGAUAUUGAAUCACCUGAUCCAUAUGUUUGUCGUGAAUAUUAUGAAGGACCAAAUGAUGGUAUUACAAAUUUUGAUAAUUUUGGUUUGGCUAUGUUGACCGUAUUUCAAUGUGUUACUAAUGAAGGUUGGACCGAUGUGCUUUAUUAUAUCAACCUAAACCACGAAAAUGACAGCUGUUUAGACCGAAAACUAGUGAGGUUUACACACACUAAAACACAAGUUUUAUUGUCUUUGAAAAUUAAAAUAACAACAUCCGGAAAUGUUUUUUGGUAAUUACCAUCAUUAUCACCAUGAUGAUGACAACAGAAAAA